AUGAACCCCUUCAGCGCCCCCCCCAAUGAGCCCCCACCGGCCUACACACCCGGCCCAAUUGCUCAAGAAACUUCUAAUAAUGCGACCAUUUCCACAACCACUUCAUCCUCUACUACCGACGACCCCUACUCCUUCCUCAAAUCCUUCGACACCAUCUUCCUCAUCGAUGACUCCGGCUCCAUGGCCGGUCGCUCCUGGCGCGAGACCGCCAAAGCCCUCGAAACCAUCACGCCAAUCUGCACCCAACGCGACGCCGACGGCAUCGACAUCUACUUCCUCAACCACCCGGACUCCUCCCUGUACAAGAACGUCACCUCCGCCUCCACGGUCGUCGAAAUCUUCCAGACCGUGCGGCCGCGCGGAGGCACCCCGACAGGUCAGCGCUUGAAUAACAUUCUGCGCCCGUAUCUGCGGAGGUAUGAGAGGGAUCCCGAGAGGACGAAGCCGAUCAAUGUGAUUGUGAUUACGGAUGGCGAGCCUUCGGAUGAUGUGGAGAGUCCGAUUAUCGCGGCGGCGAGGAAGUUGGACAGGUUGGACGCGCCGGCUUGGCAGGUUGGGAUCCAGUUCUUCCAAGUUGGCCGCGAACCCGGUGCCCGCGAGCAUCUCAAGCAGCUGGACGAUGGGCUUGCCGAGAUUGCGGGCGAUGAUGACUUGAGGGAUAUGGUGGAUACGGUGCCGUUCAAGGGGAAUGGUGAUGAGGAGUUGACUGCGGCGGGAAUUAUGAAGGUUGUCCUUGGUAGCGUCAAUAGACGCUUGGACAGGAACUCCAAGGAGCUGCAUCGGAGACGUUGA